CAUUAUUGCAUCCGCUGAACCAUGAGCUACCAAAUACCAUCGUCGCAAAGCCGCACGAUGUCACACAGCAACUAUGGUGGCUCCGAUGUGCCAAUGGCUCCGAGCAAGGAGCAGCAAACACUCAUGUGGCAGCAGAAUUCCUACCUGGUGGAUUCUGGUAUCAACUCCGGAGCAGCCACUCAGGUGCCAUCUCUCACUGGCAAGGAAGAUGAUGAGAUGGAGGGAGAUCAACUCAUGUUUGACUUGGACCAAGGGUUUGCCCAGGGUUUUACUCAGGAGCAAGUUGAAGAUAUGAACCAGCAGUUAUCGCAGACGCGUUCACAACGUGUCCGAGCUGCUAUGUUCCCUGAGACCCUGGAGGAAGGAAUUGAGAUUCCCUCCACCCAGCUGGACCCAGCGCAGCCAACUGCUGUCCAGCGGCUGUCCGAGCCUUCGCAGAUGCUGAAGCAUGCUGUGGUCAAUCUGAUCAACUACCAGGAUGAUGCUGAUUUGGCCACCAGGGCUAUACCAGAGUUGAUCAAGCUCCUGAACGAUGAAGACCAAGUAGUCGUCUCCCAAGCCGCGAUGAUGGUCCACCAGCUGUCCAAGAAGGAAGCCUCUCGCCACGCCAUCAUGAACUCGCCAGAAAUGGUCGCCGCCUUGGUCCGAGCUAUCUCAUACAGCAAUGACCUUGAGACCACCAAGGGUGCAGUGGGAACCCUGCACAACUUGUCGCACCAUCGCCAGGGGUUGUUGGCUAUAUUCAAGAGCGGGGGAAUCCCAGCUUUGGUCAAGCUGCUCAGCUCGCCGGUGGAGUCAGUUCUCUUCUACGCUAUAACGACUCUCCACAACCUCCUUCUUCAUCAAGAUGGAUCUAAGAUGGCCGUGCGUUUAGCUGGAGGUCUGCAGAAGAUGGUAGCUCUGCUCCAAAGGAACAAUGUCAAGUUCCUGGCUAUCGUGACUGACUGCCUCCAGAUCCUGGCCUAUGGAAACCAGGAGUCGAAGCUGAUUAUCCUGGCGUCGCAAGGGCCUAUUGAACUCGUGCGCAUCAUGCGCUCUUAUGACUAUGAGAAGUUGCUGUGGACCACCUCUCGGGUGUUGAAGGUCCUCUCAGUAUGCUCCAGCAACAAACCGGCGAUCGUAGAAGCGGGCGGCAUGCAGGCCCUCGCGAUGCACCUCGGCAACCCUAGCGGACGCCUCGUGCAGAACUGCCUGUGGACUCUGAGGAACCUUUCCGAUGCUGCUACUAAGGUGGAAGGCUUGGAGGGCCUGCUGCAGAGCCUGGUGCAAGUCCUGGCGUCUACCGACGUGAACAUCGUCACUUGCGCUGCCGGUAUCCUGUCCAACUUGACUUGCAACAACCAGCGCAAUAAGGUGACAGUCUGCCAAGCCGGCGGCGUGGACGCUUUGGUCCGCACCGUGGUCUCGGCAGGAGACCGCGAGGAGAUCACCGAGCCGGCUGUGUGCGCGUUACGUCAUCUUACUUCGAGACACAUGGAAAGUGAGAUGGCUCAGAACGCUGUGAGAGCGCACUAUGGAUUGCCGGUGAUAGUGAAGCUCCUGCAGCCGCCGUCCCGCUGGCCGCUGGUCAAGGCAGUGGUGGGCCUGGUCCGCAACCUGGCGCUCUGCUCCGCCAACUACGCGCCGCUCCGCGAGCACGGCGCCGUGCACCACCUCGUGCGGCUGCUGAUGCGCGCCUUCAACGACACGCAGCGGCAACGCUCAUCGGUAUCCGGCGGCGGCGGCCCAGGCGGCGCGUACGCAGACGGCGUACGCAUGGAGGAGAUAGUGGAGGGAGCCGUGGGUGCGCUGCACAUCCUCGCUCGAGACAGCGUCAACAAGCAGCUCAUACGCCAACAGAAUGUCAUACCGAUAUUCGUGCAACUGCUGUUCAAUGAGAUUGAGAAUAUACAGCGCGUGGCAGCCGGAGUUCUUUGCGAGCUGGCCGUGGACAAGGAAGGCGCUGAAAUGAUAGAAGCAGAGGGCGCUACCGCUCCGCUGACAGAGUUGCUGCAUUCGCGUAACGAAGGUGUCGCGACCUACGCCGCAGCGGUCCUAUUCCGCCUGUCAGAGGACAAGCCUCACGACUACAAGAAGAGACUGUCGAUGGAACUCACCAACUCUCUGUUCCGCGAGGACCCUCAGAUGUGGCCCAACGAUCUGGCCAUGCAGCCCGACUUACAGGACAUGCUCGGGCCCGAGCAAGGUUACGAGGGUCUGUACGGCACGCGCCCUUCGUUUCAUCAACAAGGCUACGAUCAAAUACCGAUAGACUCGAUGCAGGGCCUGGAAAUCGGCAGCGGGUUCGGCAUGGAAAUGGACAUCGGCGAGGCGGACGCGGGCGGAGCCUCCGCGGAGCUCGCCUUCCCGGAGCCUCCGCACGACAACAACAACGUGGCGGCCUGGUACGAUACCGACCUGUGAGCGUGCGCGCCGAAAUUGUUGUGUUUGAGGUUGGGUGAUUGACUUCUAAUGGGUAUACUACUAGAGCUAUUUGGAAUAGGAAAUUGUGAAUGAAAUACUUUUUGUGAGUUGACAAGAGUGAUUUAAAAGCGAUGUGGAGGGCCCGUGCGGAACUUCCGCACCGCCCUAAGAACGGCUACAGUUGAACAAAGAUUAAUGAAUUUAUGUCAAAGCUACUAAAUAUAAAAAAGUGUAAUGAGUGUUAGUUUGUCUACUAAAAACUGCUAACCUCGUGGUAUCUGCUGUGGUUUUCACUCGCUAUGGACUAAUUGAAAUCACAACCUAAGUCACAAUUUCUGUUCCGAACAGCUUUUUUUUUUUUUUUUUUUAUGUGAUAGGAGGCAAACGAGCAGACGGAGCUUGUCUAGUAGUAUAAUACUUAGAAGACUUUGUGAAAAGCGACACUGGGAGGAGCUAGUAGCAAUUUUUUAGGCAAAAUUUAAUAAAAAUAAAUUGGAAAUAAAAUCUGUCGAUCUCAUUGUGGCUUGAUGUCUUGUUUUACUACAAUACUAUUGCCCUAGCCUCGCCCGUGUCGCUAUGAUUCGCCCAAACUUGAAUGAACCAGGUUCCAUUUUGGACUUCCAUUCUUGACGCGAUAAGGAUUAAAUAUUACAUUCAUAAUAUCUAGUAAAAAUGACUCCUUCAAGAUUGGAAGUUCUUGUUCCUACAACCGUCACAUCCACCGAAGGUGAACGCAUUUUUUACCGUAUGACGCUCACUUUAAAUCAGAUUUUUGCGUAGCGGAUAAACCCUAGUUGAUUUUAUUUACCCCAAAGGUCUCGUAGUGAAUCCAGUAGUUCUGGUCUCCGCUCCGUAUGAUAUGCUUCGGUAGAAAACGGCCUCAAACACACUUGAUGUUGUUACAAUAUAAAUUUUUAGGCUACGGCCUUUUAGACUACGUUUUGAUUAGUUACUUUAUUUGUAAGUUUAUUUCUAACCUCUUAGUUGUUCGUAAUUCCCAACUUCAAGAAAUAGAUGAACACAAUCUCAAUUUGUAUACCAACCAACAGAAAAGCAGAGUUGUUGAAAUUAUUGUCAGUCUCCACGUUAAGCUAAGCUCGCCUUAGUUCAACGUGGAGACAUUUUGGAAUGUGAACUCUGCUAUUAUAAUAUUGUCAUUUGUAACAACAUCUUGAGAAAAUGUCGAACAACAAACUAUACCUGUGAUAGAAUCAUGCAGCUUCACAAUGCCGACCUGCUAUUAUCUAUAAAGCGUUAAAAUAAGUUACCUAACAUUUUGGACUGAAUUGCCAUUUAUAUUUUCACAUUAUUGGUGCUAAGUUGAAAAUUAAAUUAAGAUUUCUUGACAAUUCGUAUCGGUGAUCGCCCUGCAUUGAAUAUAUCACUCUUUUUAUACAGCGCGUAUAAAAUGCGUGUAAUCGGAGCAUAGGGUAAAUAAUAAUAAGAUUUUUAUAGGCUUUAACACGAUCACGAUUCUCUAUCGGAAAUAUGUAAUACGCAUUUACUUAGUAUUCAUUUUUGAAAAGUUUUAUUUAAUUAAAUUAUAAUCAGUAUCAAAAAGGUUAUGACGUGUUUUUUUUUAUUAUUUUGUUACAAUAUUAUUUGAAUGGAACUUUUAUUUAAUAAUGGAUAAGACUGGUCGAUCGAAUGUGAGUUAUGUAUUUGUUUUAAUGUUUGACUGCCAUAUUGAUUUCAAUUUGUGAGAUUUUAUCGUUAAAUAGUUGACAAAGGCCAAAUUGAUGGUGUGGUGUCGUCUAGCUAGACCUGCCUGACGAUGCGUACGAUUUUAUCGACAUUAUUAGUAAUCGGGGAACGCUGUAAGUUCUCUUCUGUAGAUCGUAAGUAGAUAUUGAACGUAAUGUAAUUGAUUAUGUCUAAGUCUUAAUUAUUCAUGCAUUCAGGUGAAUUCUCAGUAGAAGGUUCAAAUCAUUGUUCGUAUGCACUCUUACAACGCUCCAUUUAUGAAGUAUACGUUUUGAGGCUACUAUUGAGAAUAUUCUUAACGACCGUAUCUCUGAAAUGUAAUUGCUACGAUUUCUCAGUGAAUCGUAUGAGAUAGUACUUAACAUACAUUAACAAUGCAUUGUGUCAGAAGUACUAUAGACUGCUUUUGCACCAAUAAAAUAUUCGGACUCUAGAAAAUGCACCAUAACUAACAUAGUACAUACCCGUUAGCAGAUUGUAUCGAUUUAGAUUAAUGUAAUCAAUUACUGUAAGAUUUAGAAUUAAUUACGUAUUGUCCUUUUAGGGUUCUCUUAUAUUAAUUUUUCUAUAUGAUAUUUUAAAUCUACUUUGACAAUGUAUUUAUAGUUUUGCAUGUAAAAACAUUGCUGAAGUGUGAGAAUUCUUGUCCACGUAUGGAUAAAUAAACAUAAUUUAAAUAAUA